AUAAAAAAGAGCGACCAUACUGAUCAUGAGACGGCGAGCUUCAGCUGGGGCGUGUUAGUGGUAGAGGGAUUGCAUGGUUAGCCUGCUAACUGCGCGCUAGCCUGUUUGUUAGCUCUGUGCGCUUCUCAUUCAUACUGCUGACAUGCGUCUUCCUCCUGCAUCAUCUGCUCUGUCUGUGUGGACCAGUGUCCUGUGUGAGAUACUGUAACUUGCUAUUUAUAUUUAAUAGAGCCAUGCGGGUUCCCGAUAUUACAAAUGAGUAGAAACAUUAUUGCUAGUUAUGGAGCAAGAGGUGAACGAUGAACUGAAUACGUGUAGGACUCCUUAAUUAUAUCACCUUGUGAAAUGCUGUAAUAAAGUACUACCACAGGUGAUAUCAAAAGGAAUAAACAGGAGCAAGAAGAAAGCAAGUAAUCAGCCUCACUUUAUGGGGCCACCAAACUGAUGAAAAUGGACAAUGGAGAUCGGGGAUACAUGAUGACAGAUCCGGUCACUCUGAAUGUCGGCGGGCACCUCUACACCACCUCCUUGUCCACGCUACAGCGAUACCCAGACUCCAUGCUGGGUGCCAUGUUCUCUGGGGACUUGCCAUCGGCUCGGGAUUCUCAAGGCAAUUACUUCAUAGACCGCGAUGGUCCGCUUUUCCGCUACAUACUGAACUUCCUCCGAACCUCCGAGCUCACGCUGCCACACGACUUCAAGGAGAAUGAGCUCUUGCGUAAGGAGGCCGACUUCUAUCAAAUCGAGCCUCUCAUUCGGUGCCUGAACGACACAAAGCCUCUCCAUCCUUUGGACACGUUUGAGCAAGUGGUGGAGCUGUCCAGCACCCGAAAGCUCUCGAAGUACUCCAACCCAGUCGCCGUGAUAAUCACCCAGCUCACCAUAACCACCAAGGUCCACUCCCUGCUCGAAGGCAUCUCCAACAGCUUCACCAAGUGGAACAAGCACAUGAUGGACACCAGAGACUUUCAGGUGUCCUUCACUUUUGGACCUUGUGAUUAUCAUCAGGAGGUGUCCCUGAGGGUUCACCUUGUAGAGUACAUCAGCAAACAGGGCUUCAGCAUCAGAAACACACGUGUGCACCACAUGAGUGAGCGGGACAACGAGAACACUGUGGAGCACCACUGGACCUUCUGCAGGUUGGCUCGCAAGGUCGAGGAUUGACGUGCCAACAUCGCCAUUUAAAAUGUUGUCAUUGACUAGACAAGAUAAGCCAUGUGAUAUUAGCAGUGUAAGGACACGAGCUUCUUCAAACAUGAGUGUUGUACAAUAAACAAGAACAAAGCAUAUAAGCAGGAGUGUUUGUAUUUUUUGCUAAAGUGCAUGCUGAAGUUUACAUUUAGCAGAAACUUUUGUCCAAAAUGAUUACGAGUUAGGAUCAGGGUCAGACAGUCACUGGAGUGGUUAGGGUUAUGGGCCUUCAUCAGUGACCUAGAGGUGAUAUGAUUACUCAUCUGGCCACAGGACUUGAACUCAAGACUUCCAGAUGUGAUUACAGAUCCGCAUGUGUGGCUCGGCAGGAUAGGAUGUGAUCAGCAGCCCAUGAGCACGGCCCUUAACCCCCACUGCUGUAGGAACUGGCUGAUUCUGCUUCCUCAGAAAUGUAUGUCACUUUGGAUAAAGAGUAUCUGCUAAGUAAAUGAAGGCCACUGAGCGACACACUGCAUUUGUAUUUGUCUAAAGCGGUGUUUCCUAACCCAGUCCUCGGGGAGUCCCGGGCAGUCCACGUUUUUGCUCCCUCCCAGCCAAUCUGGAGCACUGAAUACCUGGUACAGUUGCGCUGGGAGCUGACAGGAAGCAAAAAUGUGGACUGUCCGGGGUUCCCUGAGGACUGGGUUGGGAAACACUGGUCUAAGGGGUAAUUUUGGAAUUUCAUGUUAAUAGAAAUAUAACGGAAACUUCCUUGUUUUCAAGCAUGCGCAUAUACUGAUUGUGUGUAUGCUUUAAAAUGCUACGUUUUGGACCUGCAGAAUUGAGCUGGAUUCUUUCACUCACUCUUCAUAACCGAUGUCAAGCACAUGCCUCAACCCAUUUUCCAAAAUAACAGUAAUGUUUUAGUGUGAAACAUUGUAUGAUUGUAUGGUUGUAAUAGUAUGCAUAACCUAACAAACAUCAAAGCCUAGCCUUCCUUAAACAUGCUUAGAACACUUACAUUAGCCUACAGUUGAGCAAAAUCGUUAUCACAAAGACUAUUUUAUAAUAAAGUGUUGAAUAAUGUAUUGAAAGUGAAAAAUGGAAUGGAAUUAGAAAAUGAAUCAUAAAGUUGAAAUAUCUUAAGAUGGAUUAUGGUAAUCCGGGGAGUGUCUGUACACAUAACCCUUCCCAGUGCUGAAGUGUUUGUAUUGAGUAAAACCAUUUUGUUUCCCAGUACUCACCUCUGUUUUAGCUGUUUGCAAUUUUGGAAUACUGUGUUUGUCCAGCACAUUUACCCCAGUCUGCUUCUGUUCUCACUUGCUGAAUUACAUUAAAUCAGAAGGGCACAGUACGUACAUAAGCUGAUACCAUGACCUGAUUCGUACAAUGCAAAUUUGUUCCUCUGCUCUGGAACUUCGGAGAAUCACAAUCAGAUAAUUAGCGUCUGUGU